AUGGCUUGGGUUUUUUUUUCCCCAACCUCUUCACAUGCGGCAACGAUUUGUGGAUUCGAGGAUGGUGAUCCUCGGAGCUCUUGGGUACCAUAUCCGGGCUAUGAAUGCCGCUUCGACACUGUACAUGGUUUAUGGGGAGCGUGUUCAACUACCGUGGUCUCAGUGGAGGAGUGCGGUUUCGCUGGUGUGUGCGUGGAUAGGUAUUCUUGCAGUGGGGGGUGUGGCCGGCUAUCGGGUUACCCGGGUAUUACUACUUUUCUAUGUGCACCUUUGUGGUUUUGUUCGACGGCGGUGUUGAUUCAUGGGUCUGAUGAGUCGUUUGAUAAUAUUGAGUGUGGAUCAGAAGCUCGAACGGAUACUCUCUUUCAAUUUCCAAAGUCCACAGAGGCAACAACGACAAAAUCAACAAUCUCAUCCACUUCCACCUCUAUACCCAGCAUCUCUCUGGGAAGCUCGACCUCGCCACCAACAGGCACAGGCUUAAAACCAUCUCCCAUCCCUACAUCGAGCUUCACCCCAUCCACGACCCCCUCCUCCACAUCCUCACCACCCAACCCAGAGCCCCUGAACAUCGGAGCUAUAGUAGGAGGAGCCAUUAGCGGCCUGACCGUAAUCUGCCUCACCAUUCUCGGAAUCGUCCUCAUACGACGCAAGCACGGAGCCAAGCGACAAGCAACGUCGGCCCCAGACCACGUUCCCCACGGCGAAAACGCAUUCUCAGACGACGCGGCGCUGGAUACGUACAACUCGAGAGAUGCGCAGAAGAGUUAUCUCUGGGAUGCCAGCCAUGGGCCGGUGGAGUUGCAGGGCGGACGUGAUCUCCAUGUGGAAGCUGUGGAGUUGCCGGGGCAGGGAGAGCAUAUGGAUAUGUCAAAGGGGAGUACAUGA